AGGAGGUUGGCGGCCGCAGACCCAGCUCCGGUCUCACCCGGAUGGCGACUGUGAGGUGCGGCUGUUGGCCGUGGGGCUCGCUCCUCGGGCUGCUCGGGCUGGUCUCGGCCGCGGCCGCCGCCUGGGACCUGACUUCGCUGCGAUGCAACUUCGGCGCCUUCUGUGAAUGUGACUUCCGGCCCGACUUCCAGGGUCUGGAGUGUGACCUGGCGCAGCACCUGGUGGGCCAGCAUUUGGCCAGGGCGCUGGUGGUGAAGGCACUGAAGGCCUUCGUGCAGGAUCCAGCCCCCACCAAGCCACUGGUCCUCUCUCUGCAUGGCUGGACUGGCACCGGCAAGUCCUAUGUCAGCUCCCUGCUGGCACACUACCUCUUCCGGGGUGGCCUCCGCAGCCCCCAUGUGCACCACUUUUCCCCGGUCAUCCACUUCCCCCACCCCGGCCACCUGGAGCGCUACAAGAAGGACCUGAAGAGCUGGGUCCAGGGAAACCUCACCGCCUGCAGCCGCUCUCUCUUCCUCUUCGAUGAGAUGGACGAGCUGGCCCCAGGCCUGAUAGAGGUCCUGAGACCUUUCCUGGGCCCCUCCUGGGUUGUCUAUGGGACCAACUAUCGCAAAGCCAUCUUCAUCUUCAUCAGCAACACUGGCGGUGCGCAGAUCAACCAGGUGGUGCUGGAGGCAUGGCGCAGCCGCCGGGAGCGCGAGGAGAUUCGCCUGCAGGAGCUGGAGCCGGUUAUCUCCCAGGCCGUGCUGGACAACCCAAACCGACCAAGAGCUCCCUGGGGCAACGACUGUGCCAUUCAUGCCUGUAACCAGCGUCCAGCACAGGCCUGGCCCUAGGACACUCAACGCACUUGCCGAAUGGCAGGAAGGCGGCUGGCCGCUGCUACUCCCGUCCCUCCCUGGACUGCCCAUGGCUGCCCCUGGGACCCAGAGCAGCAUUCUUGCGUUUUUUACUUUUGUCCCCUCCACGCUGGCACCUUUCAGAAUUGAGGGUAAAAGCCCCCUGGACGUGCACAGGCUUCGUGGGCUUAUUUCAGGGGAGAGGCCAAGGGGGCAGAGAGAAGAGAGACAGGCCUGAGCGGGGAAUGAGGGUGGAGCAGGCAGCAACUGUGAGGCGCCUCGCGGUGAGAGCCGGCCUCGCAGGCUGUGUGCUGGGCAUCGCUGAGGGCUCCCUGUGCCCCCCGCAAAGCUGGGAUGAGUCCUGCCACUCCACACUCACACAGCUGUGACAGCAGCGCCCAAAUUCACACUCAGGCCUGGGAGUCCCUGACCCCUGACCUUUGCCCUCCCUGCUGCGUCGGCUCACUCAGGUCUGGCAGGAGCAGGGGGACUUACAGCCCAAGAUGGAGCCUGAAGAGGUCUGGCUGAUGUAGCUGUCGGUCAGGGACCUCUCCUUGCUGGGACCCGGCUCCAGCUUCUCCUAGGGCAAGAGACAGGCUGCAUGAUCACUGGCUGCACGGUCACAGUGGCCGCAGCUCUGUAAGUCCAGCCGCUUAGAGCUCCUCGAGGGUCGCAGGUUAGGGCUGGAUGGGGACAUGGAGAGGUUGACUGGACAAGAAGGGGCGUGGCCAGGUUAGACAGGUGUGGCCACGUGAGAAAAGCAGUGUCAAGAGGCUCUUGGGCCUCAUCUCUCUAUCUGCAAAAUGCAAAUUAGUUCAAUUGUGGGAUAGGCUUCUGUGAACUGUGAAGUGCUGUGUCCGGGGAAUGGCUAGUGAGAAACUGAGGACCUUCUCCGUGUUUCAUCUCCCUGCGCAUCUGGGAGGGAACUCGCCUGCCAUUACCAUUUCCCGGACCAGGAAACGCCUAAGCAGCUGCCCUGGGCACUCGGCUAAGAGGCAGAGAAGCAGGGCUGGAAUCCAAGUCAGGGGGACUCUGCGGCCAGGCUCUUGGCCCGGCUCUCGGCUGCUGGUCGCACUUGCAGGCCGCGGGAAAUGUGCGGGAGUGAGAUGCGAUGCGGGAGCGGGCAGGGCUGCGGAGCACUCAGCGGGGACGCCACGAUGACUUCAGGGCGUACACAGACCCAAGUUCUGUAUUUUUGUAUCCUAACGUGAGCUAGGAAAAUGUAGAGCUUGCCUUUCCCAUUUCUGGCAAGGGAUGCUGGCACUCCGUUUACUUCGAUGGUUAAAGUCUCCCUUGAACACAAUUUACUUGCUGUCCAUCAGCAGUCGAGUGGAUAAAUAAAUGGCAGGAUAUUCGCAGGAUGGCACUGUCUCCAGCGAUGAGAAGGAGCAGUCAACUUGGAUGCAUCUCACAGACUUGGACGCUCGGUGAAAGGAGCCAGAGGCAAAGGGCCAUGCGCCACGUUUGUCCUCUGUUGCGAAGGACAGGCACGCUCGUCUGCGGUGUUAGGAACCAGGACAGCCUUGUGGGGUGUGCUGGGCUGAGGGAGGGGCCUGGAAGGGGGCACGAGGGGCUUCUGGGGAACUGGGAAUGUGUUCUUUCUUGGUCUGGAGAAUGGUGCCAUGGGGGUAUUCAGUUUGUGAAAAUCCAUCAAACAGUUCACUUAAGAGUCAUGUACUUUUCUAUAUGUUCCAUUCAGUGAAAAGAUUUUAGAAAUGAAUUUAAGAAUUAAGAAAAUUCUGGUACAAGUGGCCAGUCCACACAGCGGAAUUUAUGAAGGUGGGUGUGGACAAAGUGUGGGAAGCUUCUCUCUGUGAGGGGCCCACAUCCUCACGCACCCUCCUUCAGGUGUACCCCUUACUGGUACCUUCUCUGUCUCACAGCGAGAUGUCCCCAGCCCAAGUCACACAUCUGAGUGGUGGCAGAGCCAGGCCCAGAAGCCAGCCUCUAGCCAGCGUGCAUCCCUCAGCCCUGACUUGGGGUACAUUCCACCUUGGACCUCAAGGACCUCCGGCCCCGGCGUACAGCCCACUUACCUCCUUCUCCCCAGGGGCCUCGGCCUCUUCCUCUGGGCCUUCUGGCUUUGCCUGCAGGGACUGGCGAGUAUCCUCUAGCUCUUUGGAGGUCUUGAACAAAGGCUGCUCCAGCUUCCACGAAAGCUGCAGGGCCCGGGCCCUCUGGCGCUCUAGUUCCUGCUCCUUGAGCUGCCUGACAAGCCGUGACCCCAGAGCACUGGGUAGGCCUCCCUGACUCACCCCACCAUCCCCAGGACUGGACAGCGGCCUGAGAAGGCGAUUAGGGCCAGAGGUGCCUUGAGCCCCAACCGUCCCCCGACUCUGGGCCCGCGGGCCCUCCUGGAGAAACUUACCCCACGAUAUCCU